GCGGGGGCGGGAGGCGGUGGCGGCGGCGGCGGCGGCGGCGGUGGUGUGUCGGGGGCCGGCGGCACCGGCUUCCACAAGUACGUGGGCUUCCAAGCCAAUCUGAAGGUCGGGGGCGACGCCAAGGCGGCGGGCGGUGGCGGCGCUGGCGGCGGCGGCGGCGGUGGUGGCGGAGCCGGUGGCGCCGGCGGAGUCUCUCUGAGCGCGGCGGCCGAGGCCAAAGGCGCCAGCCCCGACGGCACCAUCUUCGACAACAUCUUCAACAUCCCCAUUUCCGUGUUGCAAUCUGUGAACCAGUAUCUUAACAACAAGAACCCUCAAGGCGGGCCGACGGUGCGCAGGACGCGCGUGCGGGCGGGCGCCGCGGCGGGAGUGGACGCCGGCGCCGGCGCGCACGCCGACGGCGACACCGUCGUCUACACCAAAGUGAAGGGCCCGCGGCGCCGCGGCGGCGGAUACGUCUACAAGACCGUCAGCGUGCCCGCCUCCCCGCCCCCGGCGGACGCGCUCGCCAGCGCAGGUGGGGAUGCCACAGGCGCCUAAAGCACGUGG